GUCACAUGUCUGAUGUGAGUGACAGGAGUUUGUGUGUAAGGGAAGUUAAGUUUUCCCACCAUGGUCCAGCCUGGACAAGCCUUGUUGUGUGUUGUUGCCUUUAGUUCCUGCAUAGAUCUCUGUGGCGGUUCGCCUCUUGUGUGGAAGGUUGAACAAAAUAGCAAAGUCAUUCAACAAAAUCAGCCUCUGUGGUACUCUGAUGAUCACCAAGAGCGGAACAUCAGUGAUGUAGAAGUGAAAGAGUCAAAAUCCUGGGCAGCUAAUCCCUUUAAAUACAUCAGAUGGCUGUCCACAACCAUUGAAAUAACCUUGAAGAGGCACUCUGCAUUUACCUGUGACAUUUGUAAGCUGCUCGUCACUUUCGUCCGGAUAGCAUUUAAUCAAGGAAAAUCUCAUCAGGAGGUGGUAGACUUCAUAACAAAGACAUGUGUGACACUUGGCAUUGAAGAUGUCAGAGUGUGUGAAGAAAUUGUGAAGGAAUUCCAGGUGGAAGUGUUGACAGUCUUGGAUGAUGUGGCCCUGGAUCCCGAGGAGCUUUGUGGUUUAGUAUUUGGGGAGACCUGUGGACAUGUCUACAAUCCUCUGGGCAACUGGUCCAUACCCUUACCAAUUGUCCCUAAACCACCUGUCAUGCCCCCUCAUCUACCAAAGCCAGGCUCCCCUAAGCUGCGAGUUCUUCACCUGUCUGACAUCCACUAUGACAGACUGUACAAGGAGGGCUCUAAUGCUGACUGUGAUGAACCUCUGUGCUGUAGGGCAGAUGAUGGCCCUCCAGGUAGGACAGUUUCAGCAGCAGGGAAAUGGGGUGACUAUCGCCACUGUGACAUACCCCUGGUCACCCUGGAGAACCUCUUUUCUCACCUGAACAAGACAAGACACCAGUUUGACUACAUUUUGUGGACAGGUGACCUUCCAGCUCACGAUGUGUGGAAUCAGACCAGGGAAGAUCAGUUAGGUUUGGUGAAGACCUUGACAGAGCUGUUUGUGAAAUACCUGCCUAACAUCCCAAUCUAUCCUGCGCUGGGAAACCAUGAAAGCUCCCCAGUGAAUAGCUUUCCUCCCCCCUUCAUCACUGGCGAGAACUCCAUUAGUUGGCUGUACACUGCCCUAGCUGACAGCUGGAAAACAUGGCUGCCCCCUGAAACUACAUUGACCAUUAAAAAUGGUGCUUUCUACACAGUCUCACCUUACCCGGGCUUUAGGAUUGUCUCUAUAAACACUAACUAUUGUAAUAAUUACAACUGGUGGCUGUUGCUGAAUACGACAGACCCAGCGGGAGAACUGAGCUGGUUAGUGGGAGUCUUACAGGCAGCAGAGAACAACAAGGAAAAGGUGCACAUUAUAGGCCACAUCCCACCAGGGUUAAAUGACUGCCUGAAGGCUUGGAGCUGGAACUACUACCGGAUCAUUAACAGGUAUGAGAGUACAGUUGUGGGUCAGUUCUUCGGCCAUACCCAUCGUGAUCACUACCAGAUGUUUUAUGAUGUGGCUGACCUGAAGCGCCCUCUAAGUGUGGGGUAUAUUGUUGGCUCUGUGACAACCUACCCUGAUCUUAAUCCAGGCUAUAGAAUAUAUGAGAUAGACGGCAAUUACCCUGACUCUAGCUGGGCUGUGUUGGACCACACAAACUACAUCCUCAACCUGACAGAGGCUAACAUAAAUCCAACAACAACCCCACAGUGGCAGCAGCUCUACUCAGCUAAGGCUGCCUAUGGCAUGGCCUCCCUCUUUCCCAGUGACUGGAACAAUCUGAUUGGUCAGCUCUCAUCCAAUGAUACACUUUUUCAGCAGUUUUAUAGGUAUUACAAAAAGGCACAUCUUACAGAAGGUGAAUGUGAUGAAAAGUGCAAGAAGAAAAUUCUCUGUGGUCUACGGACAGGGCGUUCACAUGACCCAAACUUGUGCAAGGGAUAGAAAGGAGAAAGAAAUUUCUUACGGUUUUGAGACACCUUUUAUACAAGGAAAUGUUUAUUGACUGUUGAGAGGUUACUUGUUUCAAAACAGCUCCCUGUUUAUAUACAUUGGUAUAAAGGUGUAUAUUGAUACAUGAGAUUAUGUAAAGGUCUUUUCUAUAGAUAAUUUAUAUGUAAAUUUAUAUUUAUGUUUGUGCAUGUGCUGGACAUUUUCAAAGAUAAUAUUUUUCUUUACUCAUGUGAAUCUAUUCCUAAAACCUCAAGACCUCUUAACAUUCCAUGUUUAUGUUAUAAGAAUGAUAUAAGUUUUGGAUGAGUAGGCUACACAAUAAGUCAACUAUGGUUUAAUAACAAGAAAAUAGCUAUUGGUAAUUAGUAUGUUUAAGACUUCAACAUAGGCAUUUGCUGAAAAGUUUUGAAGGUAGCACUUAUCAGUUUUGCUAUCAUUUUGCAUGAAAGUCACUGGGUUAAUUCAUCAUUUUUGAUUUCAUUUCAUAUUCAGGUUUACCCGUUAAUUUUGGAAGAGAUUUGGAUCGUGUCUGCUAGGGAUGAAAAUCUGCAGUCUUGUUCAUCUGGUUCAGUCCUCAGGGGUGGGAAAUCUUAUUACUGACACAUUCAAUUUUCCACACAAGGACAAGAUUGGAGUGAAGAUUACAAACUCUUAGAGUUUUACAGUAUCAUGUGACCUGUCAAAAAUGUUAGGCAACUAUUUUUCUGCACAUAUAUCAUAACAUGUGUGUCUGAAAAAAGGUUCACAAAGGGCAAUGUAGAGGAGACAAAAAAUGUAGCAAAAGUGAGGAGAUGAACGUUUAUGAACUUUAUAUGUUCCUGAAGAAAACAGGUGUCAUUAAUGCUUUUGGAACACGGUGAAGCAGGUGAUCCGUAAAUUAAUGCUAGCAGAAAUUGCCUAACAUUUGUGACAAUUCACAUGUUAUCUUAUAAUACAGGACUGUUUUCACCUUUAAUGACACAGCCAGUCGGAACUCAAAACUCCCAUAUUCCCUUGCUCUUAAUGUUGGCCGGAUGAUAAUUUCAUCCCUGUCCUAAUGGCUCGUCUUCAAUCAUCUUGUUUAAUCUUAAGCCUCAAGAGAGUUUAGGCUUUCAGAAUGUUUAAUAGCUCAUGCAGUGAUGCAUACAUAAUAUGUGAAGUAUUUAGAUGUGUACAUAGUAUGUGAAGUGAUGAGAUAUGUACAGAUACAGUGAUUGAAAUAUGGAGAUAAGAAAACAAAUUUGUACAAUAUUGAGAUAAGUACACUAUAUGUGAAGUAAUGAUAUGCAUGUAUGUAAACAGUAUGCAAAGAAUGUAGAUACGUUCACUUUAUGAAUUAUUGAUGUAUGUAAAAAUACAUAAGUCAAAUGUUAAGGUACAUACACAAUAUGUACAAAUACAUAAGUCAAAUGUUAAGGUGCAUACACAAUAUGUACAUAUACAUAAGUCAAAUGUUAAGGUACAUACAGGAUAGUUGGAAUAUUGGGAUACAUUGUAAAUGUAAGUACACGUGCAGACCAUGUGAAGUACAUGUAUUAGGGUACAGUACAUGCAAACAGAGUUGACAGAUAAAGGACAGUCUUCUAGUUGUAAUUUUUGUCCUGCAUGAAUAUGAAUAUAUGGUAUUAUGACUGGACCAGAUACUGAUUAUUGUUGUGGCCCUUGAUCAAAGAAUACAUCAGUGCACGGUGGGUUUUGUGUGUCCUAUUGCCAUGUGAUUUUCUUAAUAUGAAUAUGCCCAAGAAAUGAAAUAAUUUUCUGAUAACUCCUUCAAACAUUUUGUAUCAUCAUUAUCAUUCCAACACCUUUCCAUUAUGAUUUCUUGUUAAGAACUUAAACAUGUAAUUUUAUAUGAAUGCUCUGUUUUUUUCUGUAGAAGUGGAUACUGUAAUGCUUAUAUUCAUUUGAACAAGUGGAUUUUCAUUGUUUUGUAUAAUUUUUUUUUUGUUUACAUGAAUGUGUGAAAAAUUUCAUUCAGUAAUAAUAAUUGUUAAUGUAUGGAAUUUUAACGUCGCAUUUGAACCUAGUAUUAUGGCAUAAUGAUUAUAGCCUUUUAAGAAAAUAUUUCAAAGAAUCUUUUGUAGAGCUACCUCUAAUUUUUGUCAAGUUCAUUAGGUUGAUUGCAUGUUUUGUAUGGCUGUUGAGAAAGUAUUCUAAAGAAUAUUUUCGGUGGUUAAUUUUGUUGAAUUACUACUUGUCCAAGUCACAUAUUGGUGCUCCAACAUACACCUCAGGGUUCAUGUUUCAAUAUUGCUUUCAUGGUGAAUAGACUUGUUGAAGGUGCUGUAUUAUAUAAUGACGUGCCAAAUUGUAUCUGACUGUCAGAAAGUCAGAUGAAGUCACAUCUGUAGUCACUGAACUUGGGUAUGUUGUGCAAGUACUGUUAAAUGUAGCACAGCACUUGGGCACAAUGUUGAUGAGUUGCUUGUAUGGUUUAUACCAUGGCCAUACCGCUGUACCCUCUCUGUGUCCAACAUUUUUUGGUGGCUACCUGACUUAAUGCAGUGGCUUUAUUCGCUAAUAAACCUGACAUGUUGGACAAAUAAAGUUGAUAUUUGUAUGUAUAAAUUAAAUGGUAUUAAAGUUAUAUUUUAAUAUUUUA